CAUCAGCCCGCAGUCAGUCCGUGCAGCAGCACGCGGACAGCAGCACAUCUGGAUUCACCUGCGCCCGGAUUUUAAGACGUUUGACGGAUUUCUACCGGCUGUGGAAGUGCCGCCCGGUGGAAAACGUGUUUCUAAACCGAUGGAACCCCGGAUACGUUUGAUUGAUGUCUGACGUGGCGUUUGAUUGACGUCUGAGUUAACAGGGGAAUAAAUUAUUCAGCGGGCGGUGGGGGCGGACUUCCCGCCGGUCUGCGGGAUGGCCUGCCGCAGGGAGGGCGCCGCUCUCCUGCUGGUCCUGUUGCUCCUGCUGGAUCCCUCAAGCCAACGCAGCCAAACACAGGAGCUGCAGAACGUCACGCUGGCCGUCAUCCUGCCGCGGAACAACACGGACUACCCCUGGGCCUGGCCUCGCAUCGGGCCCGCCCUGGAGCGGGCCGUCCGAACCGUCAACGACGACCCCGCCUUGCUCCCCGGCCACCACCUCGCCUACGUCUACAAGAACAGCGAGAACAAGCUGCGCAUCUGCUCCGAGUCCAUCGCGGCGCUCAUGGCCGUGGACCUCAAGCUGGCCUACGACCCCUGGGCCUUCAUCGGGCCCGGCUGCUCCUACACCUCCUCCCCGGUCGGCCUCUUCACCAGCCACUGGGACGUCCCCAUGGUGACGGCCGGCGCCUCGGCCGUGGCCUUCUACGGGGGAGUCUACCCCUCCAUCACCAACACGGGCCCCACCCACAAGAAGCUCGGGAGGUUCGCCCUGCGGAUCUGCCAGCACUUCGGCUGGCGCCAGCACGUAAUGCUGGUGUUCAACGACGACAAGGUCGACGACCGGCCGUGCUACUUCGCCGUGGAGGGCCUGUACAUGGAGCUGCAGAGCAUCAACAUCACCACCGUCAACACGGUGUUCAACGAGAAGGAGCUGCCGAUCAACUUCUCCCAGAUCCUCGGCAACAUCCAGAACGACAGUCGAGUGAUGUUCGUCUGCUGCUCCCCGGACGUCUUCCGCAGGCUGAUGGUUGAGUUCGGCCGGGCGGACCUUCCCCACGAGCAGUACGUCUUCUUCUACAUCGACGUCUUCGGGGCGAGUCUGGACGACAGAGGCGGACAGCCGUGGGCCCGCGGCGACCAGGACGACGCCGUGGCCGAGAAGGCCUUCCAGAGUGUGAAGAUCUUAACGUACCGAGAACCACAGAACCAAGACUACCAGGCGUUUGUCCAGAACCUGAAGACCGACGCCGAGAGGAACUUCAACUUCACCAUAAAGGACUCCUUGAUGAACAUCAUAGCCGGAGGAUUCUACGACGGCGUGAUGCUCUUCACUCACGCUCUGAACGCCACGAUGUCCGAGUCCGGCAAGCGGCCUCCAGGAAAGAACGUCACCAAGAGGAUGUGGAACCGGACCUUCGAGGGUGUGACUGGAAAGGUCCACUUGGACGAGAACGGGGACCGAGAGACAGACUUCGCCCUGUGGGACAUCAACGCCACCACCAACACCUUCCAGAUAUUUCUGAUGUACAACAGUGCGGAGGAGCGGCUGACAGUUGAUACGCAGCUGUCCUGGCCGGGAGGACGUGCUCCUCCAGAUGUUCCCGUCUGCGGCUUCAAGAACGACAACCCCGUCUGCCUCACCAAGACGGUCACCAUCAACCAGAUGGUUUCCAUCGUGGUCUUCUUCAUCGUCACCAUGACCCUCACCGUCACCAUCUUUGUCUACCGAAAGAUGAAGUUAGAGGAGGAGCUGGUGGCUCAGCUCUGGAGGAUGUCCUGGGACGACAUCCAGAUGAGUAACCAGGACAAGGUCCUGCGCAGUGGCAGCAGGAUCACACUGUCUCUGAGAGGCUCGAACUGCGGCUCCCUGAUGACUGGAGAUGGAAACUUGCAGGUCUUUGCAAAGACCGGCUACUACAAGGGAAACAUUGUUGCCAUUAAACGCACCAACAGGAAACGCAUCGAGCUGAACAGGAAGGUCCUGUUUGAGCUCAAACAUAUGAGAGACGUACAGAACGAACAUCUGACCAGAUUCAUUGGAGCCUGCAUCGAUCCGCCAAACACCUGCAUCGUCACCGAGUACUGUCCCCGAGGGAGCCUGCAGGACAUCCUGGAGAAUGACAGCAUCACUCUGGACUGGAUGUUCAAAUAUUCUCUCAUCAACGACAUCGUUAAGGGCAUGCUGUUCCUCCACAACAGCGUCAUCGUGUCUCACGGUAAACUCAAGUCCUCAAACUGCGUGGUGGACAACCGCUUCGUCCUGAAGAUCACCGACCACGGCCUGUCCAGCCUGCGGUCCGAGGGCGACUCGGGGAAAGACGCUCACGCCUACUACGCCCAAAGGUUGUGGAUGGCCCCCGAGCUGCUCAGGAUGGAGGCCCCUCCUCCUCAGGGGACCCAGAAAGGAGACGUCUACAGCUUCGGCAUCGUCCUCCAGGAGGUGGCGCUGCGCCAAGGAGCCUUUUACCUGGAGGGAAGCCCCCUGAGCCCCAAAGAGAUCGUGGACCGGGUGGUCCUGGGCGAGUGGCCCUGCCUCAGACCCACCGUGGACCCCCAGAACCACAGCCCCGAGCUGGGUCAGCUGAUGCAGCGCUGCUGGGCCGAGGAGCCCACGGAGAGGCCGGAGUUCAACCACGUCCGCCUGCUGCUGCGCAAGCAGAACAAGGAAUCGAGGACCAACAUCCUGGACAACCUCCUGUCUCGUAUGGAGCAGUACGCCACCAACCUGGAGGAGCUGGUGGAGGAACGAACUCAAGCUUAUCACGAGGAGAAACGCAAGGCCGAAGCUCUGCUCUACCAGAUACUACCUCACUCGGUGGCGGAGCAGCUGAAGCGGGGCGAGACGGUCCAGGCGGAGGCCUUCGACUCCGUCACCAUCUACUUCAGUGACAUCGUGGGCUUCACCGCCAUCUCCGCAGAGAGCACGCCGAUGGAGGUGGUGACUCUGCUCAAUGACCUCUACACCUGCUUCGACGCCAUCAUCGACAACUUUGACGUCUACAAGGUGGAGACCAUUGGCGACGCCUACAUGGUGGUGUCGGGGCUGCCGGUGAGGAACGGGAAGCUGCACGGCAGAGAGAUCGCCCGCAUGGCGCUCGCCCUGCUGGACGCCGUGCGCUCCUUCAGGACGCGUCACCGCUCCGAGCCGCUGAGGCUGAGGAUCGGCAUCCACAGCGGUCCCGUGUGCGCUGGUGUCGUGGGCCUGAAGAUGCCUCGCUACUGUCUCUUCGGGGACACCGUCAACACGUCGUCUCGGAUGGAGUCCAGCGGAGAAGCGCUGAAGAUUCACGUGUCGGCGGCGACCCGCGACGUCCUGCUGGAGUUCAACUGCUUCCAGCUGGAGCGCAGGGGGGACGUCGAGCUCAAGGGCAAAGGCAAGAUGACCACCUAUUGGCUGCUGGGCGAGAGCGGCGGCCAAUGAGGGGACGGGGACGAGGACGGAGGACAGGGGACCUCUGGAACGUCCUCGUACAGGAAAUAAUGAACGGAGCAGCCGAGGUUUGAGAGGACCGGAAGCUGCAGGUGAUCCAGGAGGCGGAGCCUCAAGCAGGAAGUGAGAUGUUUGUCUUCGCCCGUGUUUUCGUCCGCAAACAGCAGAGGGCGCCGCGACUAGAAUCAUCUCUUUAUUAACUUUACACAGAAUCGGUAAAGAAACGAGCGUUAAGAUGGAUUUAAACUAUUUGAUUUGUAAAAGUUUUAACCGGUUAUCACGUAAAGAUCAGACCCGAUAACGACGUCCACCAUCCGUCCCUCAGACUCUUUACCCACAAUUCAUAGCGUUGUAAACAGACCUUCCAAGGAUUUAUGAAACAAAUAAAAGGUAAAGUUAGAGAGACUUUCUGUGGAAGUUACUGAUUCCAGAC